AUGAAGUUCACCACCUCCACCGCCCUCGUCCAGGCCCUCUUCGCCCUCCUCGCGACCCAGGCCGUGGCCGCGCCCACGCCAUUUGGUGAGCUGGAGCCCCGCCGCAACGUGCGCCUGGGUCUCCCGGGCGCCCUGGCGCUCAAGAUGCCCGGUCGCCGGUCGCCCGAGUUCCAAGACGAGGAGGCCCAGGAUGAGGGCGCCGACAUCGAGGCCCGGCAGGCGCCGUCGAGGAUCACCCCCGGCACGUGCCGCCGCAAUAUCUGCAUCAACUAAGGGGCCCGUCGCCAGCAGCCAUCUAGAGUGGUACUCACACUUCACUUCUGACUUCUGAUUGGAAAGGCGCCGCUUGGUCGCUUUAUCUUGAUGUUUGAGCGUUCUUUUUUUCUUCC